GCAAACGAUGGGCUACUCCCGCAUGAACGCGCGGCGAGAGAGAGGGCCAUGAAGCGAACACAGCCACCUCCGGCUGCCCCCACACAGGAUCCCCUCCCGGUACCCGCAAACGAUGGGCUACUCCCGCACGAACGUGCGGCGAGGGAGAGGGCCAUGAAGCGAACACAACCGCCUCCGGCCGCCCCCACACAGGAUCCCCUCCCAGUGCCCGCAAACGAUGGGCUACUCCCGCACGAACGUGCGGCGAGAGAGAGGGCCAUGAACCGAACACAACCACCUCAAGCCACCCCUACCCAGGAUGCCCGGCCGGUAGCCGCAAACGAUGGGCUACUCCCGCACGAACGUGCGGCGAAAGAGAGGGCCAUGAACCGGAUACGUCCGGCCCCACCUCCACAGCCGCCUCGGCCAUGGCCUGCCGAAACCAGCCAACCGAUCGCCCAGAGUAAUCGAUUGCUUCCUCACGAAAUGGCUGCAAGGGAUAGGGCUAUGGGCCGGAGGCCACUCGCGGCUGAAUCAACGAGGAUUACUCCAUCGAUCGUCCGUAAUACUGGCCCCCUUCCACGCGAUCGAGUUGUAAGGGAGAUGCCCAUGGGUCGUACACACCCACCCGUGGCGAAUCCGCAGUCGCCUAUCAACAACAGCCGGUUGGUUCUUCACGAGCGGACGGUGAAGGAGAACGCGAACUUUGAUGAACUUAUUCUGCAAUCGCCAACGCAGCUUCGGCCGGCGCCGGCAGCGGAUCCGACACCCAAGAACACCACCCCUAGUUGGGCAUCCGCAGCUCCAUCGUGGUUAACUCCGGCGGCGGCGCAACCCGCCUGGGCCAAUCCCGAUGCAGCGAAACCACCACAGCAAACGAACCCUUUAGCGUUUCUUCUUCCACAUGAGCGCGCGGCGAGGGAGAAGGCCGGUGGUACCGAUAGGCCGGUACAGCCCGCUAGCCCACCGCACCAACCCGACACGUUUCAGGACGAUGUAUCCCGCAAUUUCGCUGCUCUGCGGAGCCGCCGGAGCCGGCCGUCUGGGAUUACGGGCGCCCUUGGGGAUGGAGGGCAAAACCAGGUCGGGCAACGGGACGCAUCUGCGCCCACUAGUCAAACCCCGCAUGGCAGUACACCACGCUAUGAUCUUCCUCGACCGAGCAGCUCUCUAACACAAACGCCAGCGGAUCAGGGCGACUGGAAGAACCUUGCGCGCCGAGAACGAAGUUUGCCUCCAGGAUUUAGCGCGGCACCUUCCGACUUUCAGGUGGCGCCGCAAGCAUACGCCUCGAAACCUGGGGCGAACUUAUUCGGCUCGUUGGGACAGAAUACCGCUGGUCGCCCCCAGGCAGGGAGCCCAAACGCUGGGGUGGACCAAUGGAAGCUACUGGAAAGUCAAGCCACGAGGCAGGACGAGCCGCGGAGGAACGGGGCGGCGGCCGAGCACUCAGAGAACUGGGAUUGGGCCGAGGACUAUACGGAAGAAGCCAGGCUGGUGAAGGCGCAACGUAUUGCGCGCGAGCUUCGUCAGGAGGAGCAGGAGCCUGGCGAGGAAGCAACCAGUUCUGAAGUUUUACCGCCUCGUCGUGAUGAGCGGGAUAAUCGAUACGGCCGGGUGAGUCGGUAUGCUCGCGAUGAGGAAGUAGAUGAGAAGCCGAAAAAGCCCAAAAUCCGACGCAGGGAGGUCAACGAGGACGAUGACUGGGAUGAUGAUUUCUACCAGGAAAAGCGCCGGAGGAAGGCCGAGAAGGCCGCGAGAGAGAGGGAAAGACUGGCUGCCCUUGAAGCAGCUGGCCCGACGCCCAUCUUCCUCCCCGAAUUCAUCAGCGUGUCGAAUCUGGCUGUCGCCCUUGGCGAGAAAAUCGACGUUUUUGUGUCGCAGUUGGAGGAGCUUGGUUUUGAGGAGGUCGGCAAGGACAACAUCCUCACGGGUGAAACGGCUGCCUUGGUGGCCCAGGAAUACGGCUUCGAACCAACUGUGGAUGCCGGCGAGGAUGAGGAUCUCAAGCCAGCUCCUGUUCCUGCCAAUCUCUCCUCGUUACCACUUCGGCCGCCUGUCGUCACCAUCAUGGGCCACGUCGACCACGGCAAGACAACUCUUCUAGACUACCUGCGGAAGUCGUCUAUCGUGGCUCAGGAGCACGGCGGUAUCACGCAACACAUUGGUGCGUUCUCGGUAAGCUUGUCCACCGGAAAGCAGAUCACCUUCCUCGACACCCCCGGCCACGCCGCCUUUUUGUCGAUGCGCCAACGCGGCGCCAGUGUAACCGAUAUGGUGAUUUUGGUGGUUGCCGCCGACGACAGCGUCAUGCCACAGACCCUGGAAGCUCUCAAGCACGCCCGCUCCGCCAAGGUACCCAUCAUCGUGGCCAUCAACAAGGUCGACAAGCCCGAAGCCAAUAUCGAGCGGGUGAAGUCUGACCUUGCCACGCACGGUGUCGAGCUCGAAGACUAUGGCGGCGACGUUCAGGUUGUCUGCGUCAGCGGCAGGACUGGCCAGGGCAUGGACGACCUCGAGGAGAACAUCCUCCUACUGUCCGAAAUGCUCGACAUCCGCGCCGAACCAGACGGCUUGGCCGAGGGUUGGGUGCUUGAGUCAACCAUCAAACCCAUUGGGCGCGUUGCUACUGUCCUCGUCAAGCGCGGCACACUCCGACCCGGCGAUUUCAUCGUCGCUGGGCGGGUGCACGCCAAGAUCCGUUCGCUCCGCAACGAAGCCGGCGUCGAAGUUGACGAGGCGCCUCCCGGCACAGCCAUCGAGAUCCUCGGUUGGAAAGAACCACCCGAUGCAGGCGACCAGGUUCUCCAAGCCCCCGACGAAGGCAAGGCCAAAGCCGCGGUCCGGUACCGCCAGGAACUUAAAGAGCGCGGCGAAGUUAUUUCCCAGAUGGCCCAGCAAGAACAAGACCGCCGGGAGCGGGACCUGGAGCGGGAGCGCGAGAGGGCACUCGCCGAGGCCGCUGAUCCGCAGCCCCACAACAGGCGACGCCACCACCGGCGCCACCAGCACCACAACACCCAGGCGGCGGCGGACGCAGCCGCGGCCGAGGGCGAGGAGGACCCCGCCGACAAGACGCAUUACGUCCCCUUCCUCGUCAAGGGCGACGUGCACGGGUCGGUGGAGGCGGUCACGGCGGCGCUGCUGGAGCAGGGCAACAACGACGUGCGCGCCAAGGUGCUGGUGUCGGCGCCCGGGCAGAUCACCGAGUCGGACGUCGAGCACGCCGCCGUCAUCCCCGCCCACAUCAAGCGGCUGGCGGCCGACGCGGGCGUCAAGAUCCUCGAGCACAACGUCAUCUACCAUUUGGUCGAGGAGGUGCGGGAGCGCAUGAUCGAGGCCCUGCCGCCGCUGAUUCUGAAGAAGGUGGUGGGCGAGGCUGAGGUGCUGCAGUACAAGAAUAUUGCCGGUUGCAGGAUCGGGAACGGAUUUGUCAAGAAGGGGACCAAGGGCAGGGUUAUCAGGGAGGGAGAGAAUGUCUUUGAGGGCACCAUCGAGACGCUCAAGCACGUCAAGAAGGAUGUGCAUGAGAUGAAGAAGGGCAGCGAAUGCGGCAUUUCGUUUGCCGGCUGGGACGAGCUCCAGCCGGGGGAUAAUAUCCAGAUGCUUGAGGAGUACACGGAGAAGCGGACGCUGUAAGAUGAAUUGUUUUGUUUUUUCAACUGUACAUGUGCAUCUACAAAGAUCGGGAAAGAUAGAUCUGGGGCAUGGCGACCAAAAGGCGGCUGUUCUAGACGGUGAUGGAUGGGUCGGAGAGGCUCCCCCGUGUAGAUAUACUGUGUAUAAUAGAACAAGUUCU